AUGCCUAGAUCAAGAACUUGUGUCUUGAUUCUCGUAUUGCCUCUAGCCUUGGUCUUGUACCUUUACAAGUACCUGCCUUCUCCAGCUAUUGUCGAAAAAUCAUCAUACAGCUCCAUCUACCACAUCUCCAUUAAGGACAUUGAAGGGAAUGAUUUGAGUUUAAGCAAGUUCACUGGAAAGGUGCUUCUUAUUGUGAAUGUAGCCUCUAAGUGUGGUUUAACACAAGGAAACUACAAAGAGUUGAACAUUUUGUAUGCCAAGUACAAAACUAAGUGUCCGUCUCUUACUUCUCGUUUCUGUGGCUUUCUUAGGCUUGUAACUAAGGGCAGCAUUGUUUAG